AUGGGUAAACCAACAGAGCGGUUUCAACCAAAUCUAAUGCAAAUAGAUCAGAUAUCCGCAGUUCAAAAAAAAUCCAUGGAUGUGGAUUCAUGGUCAAUUCCAAAAAAAAGAUCCAACGAAAAACCGCAUCUUUAUCCGCCAGUUGUAACACAACUUCGCACUAAACAAGGCGCCGAUAAACUUCCAACAUCACUACAACGUAGAACGAUAAAAAAGCGAAAAACAAUCACCACGAAAGGGAAAAAACGACAGAAUCAGUCGUUGGCAAAAGCGUUAGCUCGCAUGGAUAAAGAGGAGAAAAAGCUGUCUGAUAAAAAUGAAAAGACGACUAAAUUGAAGCAGCGUAAAUCACUUUGGGAAUAA